AUAAGUUAUUUAAUCGCCGGUUAAGUAAAUAAGAAUUCAAAAGUAAAGAGGCUUUAACACGUAGUUCAAUGGGGGAGCUAAGGCUGCCAAACUUAUGGAGGGGAGUGUAUGACAUAUGAUACUGACACACGUUUGUGAUAAAAAUGUCAUCGGAAUUCUGAACUCAUGAAAUAAGGAAAUUUCGUACCUUCGAGGUUCUGACAUUUUGUUACCGAAACAAUCCGUUACAGUGUAAUCAAGUGAGUAUCAGUGAAAUAACCGCGUGUUCCUGAUCACAUGUAUGACAUCGUUCACUUUGACUAGACAAGUACAUGAAAUAUGGCUUUGAUUAAUUUUUUCCUUCUGAUGACAUUUUGUUUGGAGUUUUCUGACAGCAGUAGCAUACUUCUAGCACCAUUGGAUGUAGGUUACAAUAGUCGAACGAGAAAUGUCCUAAAAGUUGGGCGAAUGUUACUGCAAGCUGGCCAUGAAGUGACUGUAAUCGUGUCAGAUAGAAUUCAAAAUGAACCUCUGUUUAAGCAUGCUGAGGGCUCUAACUUUGACAUUGCGUUCAGGGUUUUGACCUAUAAGACCCCUUCAUUUGAUCCGGAUACAGCUCAAUCUACAGCAAGUCAGGAAUGGCUCAACUCUAUGGUAUUCAGCCCCUAUACCACCCUUCUACAAAUAAUCAGUCAAGCAUUUGAACAAAAUUUGAAAUUUGCAUUACAAGACAAGGAUGUAUGGAAUGAACUAGCAGCAUCAAAGUUUGAUUUGAUUUUUGCAGACGAAGCUGCAAUUUUCCCGAGACUGGUUUCUGCAUAUUUUGACAUACCAAUGAUCGUGUACUGUAACUGGGGUCCAAUGUCUUUUGAUGCCAAUUUUGCUCCAAAAUUUAAUUUGGCAUUUGUUCAUGCUUUUUUCCCAGCAACCUACACUGAUGAAAUGACAUUUACAGAACGGUUCAUGAACGUUGUAGAGUAUUGGCGUAUAAAAUGGAUGUGGUAUGAUAUAUACAAUCGAUUUAUCUCUAUCUGUAGAGAACAUGGCUACGGUGAUGCAUGUGACAAUAUUCGAGAUGCAUACAAGACUAUAUCACUGUUCAUGAUGAAUAGAAAUGAUGCUAUCCAUUACCCUGCCCCAUAUAUGCCCCAUAUCAUAUCUAUCGAAGGAUUUUUCUUAGAGACUGAAACAAAGCCUUUGGAUAUAGAGUACAGCAGUAUCAUCAAGAAAGCAGGAAAACAUGGCGUAAUUAUUGCUAGUUUUGGAUCUUUGCACCGUCGAUUAGAUCCUAAAACGAGUGAAAAGUUUGCAACUGCCUUCGCUGCAAUGCCUCAGACCGUCAUAUGGAGCUAUGAGGGUCCCCCACCAAAAGGACUUGGAAAUAACACCAUUGUGAAAGAAUGGAUUCCUCAAGACGAUCUGUUGGCACAUCCUUCUACAAAGUUAUUCGUGACACAAUGUGGAGCAUCUUCCUUAUUUCAAGCAUUGCAUUAUGCUACACCGACUGUCGGAGUGCCGUUCUUUUGGGACCAGCCUUUUAACUGCCACAAGCUGACUCACAGAGUUAAGUCUGGGAAAACAGUUUUGUUGACAGAAAUGACGAGUGAAAGGCUUAGUAACGCUAUGAAAGAGGUGAUCGGUGAUAAACGCUAUAAAGAAAAUGCAAAUAAAGCCGCUGAUAUCUACCAUAGCCAACCUAUUGAUCCAAAGAAAAAGGUUAUGUAUUGGAUAGAGUACGUCAUCAAACACAAAGGGGCACUUCAUUUGAGGUCGGAUGCAGAAAACAAGCUAAAUUUUUUCCAGUACUAUCUACUUGAUAUAAUUGCAUUGGUUGUGUGUUCUUCAAUUAUGUUUGGUGGUAUUGUCGCUUUUGUUAUCAAGUAUUUGAUUCAAUACAUAAUACGCCGAUUGAAUAACAAAAUAAAAAAGUACUAGGCAAUGCAACAGUGACAUUGAAAGAAUCAAUUCAAGUGCUCUUUUUACUAUUCAUACAAAUGAUUGGCUUUCGCUGUACUACAGGGUGGGCCAAAAAACCACCCCCUAGCCGAUAAUCGUGAUAAAUAUUCAUUUUUUAACAUGUAC